AUGUAUAAAAAUAAGACUGAUGAUGAUAUAGUCAUUUUUAAUCUAGUAGCAGGUGGUAAAAGAACUAAUUUAGCUCAAUACCCUUUUAACGUAAAGUUUUUGAAUUCCUUAAGCUUGUGUGGAGGCAUAAUAAUUGCGACAAAACAUGUACUCACUGCUGCACAUUGCUUCGAUUCUAGCGAAGAAAUCAAUGAAAUGCAAGUAAUAUCAAAUUCCGAAAGCACUUAUAGUUUUUCAGCAGUAUUUCAUGACGUUUGGCAUUUUAUGAUACACGAACAAUACGGUGUUGGAGAUACUUUUGCAAAUGAUAUUGCGGUUAUAAUAAUUCAUGAUCAGUUCAAAUAUGGUGCAAGAGUCCAAAAAGCUAUAUUGGUUCAUCAUAAUAAUUGGAUGUCUGAAAAUGAAACAAAUUUUAUAGUAGCUGGUUGGGGUGAUACUGAGAAUGAUGGUGAAAGUAAUUACCAGACCAUGAGGGAGACUGAACUAAGGUUCAUCUCUCCGAAAAAUUGCUCGGCUAUGAGCCAGUCGGUGUUAUCUCCUGACGUGUUCUGUUUGUUUGGAGACGGAAAGAGAGACACGAUGCGAGGCGACUCCGGAGGCGGUGUUCUUUGGAAUGACCAAAUUGUUGGGAUCACAUCACAUGGGAAGAGUAUUAAUGUACCAGGCAUGUACGCGAACGUGUUCUACUUCUUGCCCUGGAUAGAAAAUGCUACAAUGUCAUUGCACAAAAAAUUCUUAUUAGACGAUGAUGUUGAUAAAAAACACCCAAAAGUCGUAGGAGGUAAACCGGCAGAUUUAAAAAGAUAUCCUCAUUCGGCCAGAUUCUAUAAUGAUGAAGCUAUGUGCGCUGGAGUUAUCUUUAGCAGUUGGAGUGUUUUGACUUCUGCCCACUGUUUGGAUCACAACGACGAUGUUUCGUUUAUGGCUGUAGUAGUUGGCUCCCAAUCUUUGGCGGAUUUUGAAGGACAGUGGGUGGCAGUCACUAAGGCAGUCGUGCAUGAGAAUUAUAACAUCUCAGCCCAGUUUUCCUGUGACUUGGCCAUUUUGUUUGUGGACGAAAAGUUUAGGUUCGGAGAUACCGUUCAGAGGGUUAUUUUAGCGCAGGACGAUCAGUGGAUGAAGCCUCAUGAAGGAGGAUUUCAUGUUUCUGGUUGGGGUCGCACAUCGUACCAUGGUAAAGUGUCACCCGAGCUACUUAUGACUACAUUACACUUCAUUGACCGCGCCAAAUGCGAGAAACUGAAUGCGAUUAAGUUAACGCCAGACAUGUUUUGUUUAUAUGGCUCUGGAGAAAGCGACGCUUGCAAGGGAGACUCUGGAGGCGGUGUCAUCUGGAAAGGGAUGUUAGUGGGCAUUACCUCCCAUGGCAACGGCGGGUGCUCACAAAUCAAUAAACCAACUAUGUUUGCAAACAUGUGGUAUCUCAGAAACUGGAUCAAAAAAAAAGUUAACACAUUUGUACGGAAGAGCUGCACCAGUACCAGUUAG